GACAUGCCAGAACACAAUCCUGGAGAUAUGGGUGGAACAAUGAGACUGGGGAAGAGGAGGACUGUUUUCAAAACACAAAAUUCUGUUUUAAGGAAACUUUAUGGUGAUGAAAUGUUUGUAGAGGAGCGACACAGGCAUCGAUAUGAGGUGAACCCAGAAUUGACUCACUGCUUUGAAGAGAAAGGUUUGAAAUUUGUUGGCCAUGAUACGGAGGGGAACAGAAUGGAAAUUAUUGAACUGGAGAAUCACCCAUAUUUUGUGGGAGUUCAGUUCCACCCAGAGUUUUCCUCAAGACCUAUGAAACCUUCACCUCCAUACCUUGGACUGUUGCUAGCAGCAACUGGGACACUCAAUGCAUACCUGCAACGUGGAUGUAAAUUGUCUCCAAGUGACAGUUACAGUGACCUCAGCGAUGACAGCUCUCCAGAAAAAGAGUUUCCUAAUUCAGAAACAAGCUGAAAUGAUUGUAUGAGAUCACAGAAAUGGGUGAUGCUGUUGAG